AUGGCGAACUUCAACUUGGCUUCUCUGCCUCAUUCUUUGCUUCAUAAGAUUCUCUCCAAGAUAGCAACAAGCAAUCUCCGAGACUUCCAUAGUGCAAUAGUUGCUUUCGCUGGGUUCAAUCUAGUUGGCAGAGAAGAAUACUUAUACCGAUCUGCAGAUCACUUUCACUUGAAUGACUGGAUAUAUGAGGUCAAUGCUCUUACAACAUUCAGGCUUAGGGAAAAAAUCCAUUUUGCUGGUGAGAGAAGAUUGUUGUUGGCCAAGUAUGUAGACGGUAUGCUGAACUUAACAUUUAGUGUUGAUGAUAGAGGAUUGGUUCACAAUUAUCCUAGUUUUACUCGUGAAUUUAUUGAUCGGAUGUAUCACAUGAUCACUACAAAGAUAUUCUCCGGCCAUUGUGCUUACGAAAAACCUGAGAUGUUUAUGUCUCUAUUGAAAGAAUUAGAUCUCAACCUAUCAUAUGAUUGCUGGUGCUCCAUAAUAAUAGAACUGGUGUUUGUAGUCUCCAUAGAUGGAUCAAGAACACGGCGGAGAUGCAAUCAUUGUUUCUGGUAA